CCAAAUCUAGUAAAUGUCAAUGUAGCUAGAAUGCUGGAAUAUGAAGUUUUGCAAUAGCUCCACUCUAAACAUGCUACUAGCGAAACAUACUGUGCUAAGACAGGGCAGAGAAAGAUUGUCUAUCUAAACUAUAACUUGCUGCGAAUGUAUAUGCCUGUUCAAAGAGGUGUCGUGAUUUCUGCCGUGAAAUUACCGUACGGUUUUGACGUUUGUUUACACUUUAGAAUAGAUUGUAAAUCAAGCAUGCUAGCUAGCUGAAGCUACUUCGACCAUCUCCACUUCACUUUUACGGUAUCAUGUUGUCUGAAUUACUUCAAGGAACUGAUACUGGAGGCUUUCUUAUAGUACAAGAUAAUAUAAGUCAUUCUGGUAGACCCCUACUGAAGAGCUUUAUUAGUGCUGCAUUGAACAGGGAUGAAGAUGUCCAUGUACUUGCAUUUGAAGCCAGUGAAGAGGAGCUGAAAGAUGGACUGCAAGGACUACCAUGUCAGAGGCUACACAUCCAUAAUGCAUAUAUUGACCCUCUCGGCUGGACAGCUCACCCAGCCUUCACGGUUCAGCAGUUCUGUUUUGAGGAACUUACCCAACUGGCAAAGCAAACAUCUCAACCAAAACCAGCGACGUUAGUAAUUGACUCUCUGUCAUGGAUUCUGAGACAUCUUAAUCCCCCACAUGUCUGCAAGACUCUGCAGCAACUUAGAAAAGGGGGAGCUGUGAGAGCCAUUAUCGGCCUGCUCCAUGCAGAUAUGCAUCAGAGGGGCACAGUGGGAAGUAUAUGCCACUUAGCCACUUCAGUCAUCGCUGUAUCUCCUGGGAUGAAGGCAGACGAAGCAGUGGCAAAGACAACAAAGAGAGCCAAAUCAGGGAAAGUUACGCAAGAUGAAGAGAUUUUUAGAAUCAAUGAAGAUCUAACAGUUGUUGUAUUAAAUAAAACCAGCCAUCCUGGACCGAAACAGACAGACCAAGAGGAACCAGAGAUGGACCCGACAGCCAAUUUGACCUUUAACCUUCGCCUGUCGGACACAGAGCGAGAAGCCAAAGAAAAACUCGCACUCCCAUUUGUAUUCAGCAAAGAAAAGAAAAUGGCUCUGCUUCAGUCUGGUCCAGGUUCAGGGCGGAUUCUGUAUGAGCCUGACGCCAAUGACGACUACGACCAGGAAGAUCCCGAUGAUGAUCUUGAUGUCUAGACUGAUGACACAGAAUCUACUGAGAGAAAACAGGAUAUGAGAGACAUAUUUAAGUUUUCAGAUUUCUAUUAAUGAAAUGCAAGGGUGUCAUCUCAUUUUUUUAAUAAAUGAUGAAAGAAAUAAAAGAUUAGAUAAUAAAAGAUGUUAUCAGGUUUUGUAUUACUUAGUGUAACAGCAGCAUUGAAAGAUGAAAAAAGUUCAAGUGUUGAAUGAUGCUUAAAAUGAUUGCAUUUCAAACACAAGUCGUACUUUAGUACUGACCUUUAAGUUACUAUGUUCAGUUUAAAAUACCUCAGAUUGGUUUGUGAAGAUGAUUUGCAUGAAGGACAGAUGUGGUCUUGAGUAUCAUUCAACUUUACAAGAAUCCUGGUUGGCUGGAAAGACAUCAAGUGGGAGGAGAUGUGUUUACAAAUGUAGGAAUCCAUUUGACAACCCUCAUGUUGAGAAAUGAAUUCCAAUUAGAUCGCCUAGACAUUGAAUCACAAGGUGAUUAAGUAUUCUGCAUUUGGUGUUAUUGAUCACGGAUCAUCUGACAACACUUUGUGACAGCCACUUUGUUUAUCCUACAUGCGCUUUGUGUACAGUGACCACAUUAAAAGUCAAUUUAUUUUUCAUGAGUUUCAAAAUCUAACUCCAAACUGGUUCUCAACUCUCUUUUCCCACUUCAUUGUUUUAGUAAAAAAAAAAAAACAAAAAAAAAAAACUGGGUACUUAUUCUAUUCAGAAAAUUA